AUGUCACUAUCUUCACUUUCUUCACUUUCGGACGACGAAACGACAUCCCGUAACAGCCGUAAGAAUGAAGAAAAGUUAAAUGGCUUCGAAAAAUAUGAUGACAACCAAUUUCUAAGUCGGUUCUGUGUUUCCAAAGAUACGGUAUUAUACCUGGAGUCAUUGUUUGGCAAGGAAAUCGCGCCUUUGACGAAACGCAACCGAGCCUCACAGCCAAGAGACCAAAUUUUGAUAGCUCUUCGAUUUUACGCUACUGGCAGUUAUCAAAAAGUUAUAGGAGACAUAUUCCACGUCGAAAAAGUAACUGUUCACCGUGUGGUACAUAAAGUCAUAGCUGCAAUAGCAAAACUCAGUUGCAAUUUCAUUAAAAUGCCGGAUUCCCAAGAACGAAUAGAAGUGGCAAACGACUUUUACUCCAUUGCAGGAUUUCCGAGGAUAUUGGGAGCUAUUGAUUGUACACACAUUAAAAUCAAUUCACCAGGGGGAUAUCAAGCUGAAACUUUUCAAAAGGGUUUUUUUUCGUUAAAUGUGCAAAUUGUAUGUGAUGCGAAAUUAUGCAUCCGAAAUGUGGUAGCAAGAUGGCCGGGCUUUGUACAUGACAGUACAAUUUUUAAUGACUCUCAUUUAUGUGCACAAUUUGAGCGUGGUGAUUAUGCAAAUUUUGUGCUUUUAGGAGACAGUGGUUACCCAUGUCGACAUUAUUUGCUUACCCCUCUAUUAAAUCCAAAUACAAUAGCUGAAGAAGCAUAUAAUAGAGCUCAGGUAUCAUCGAGGGACCCUAUUAAAAGGAUUUUUGGUGUUCUCAAAUGUAGAUUUCCAUGUUUACAUAACGGCCUAGGAGUAAAUGUAAAAAAUAUUCCACCAAUUAUUGUGGCAUGUGCAGUGCUAUAA